GCUGGGGCGGGGGACAGGCCGUGCCAUGGCUCCCAGGACGGUGCUGAUCACCGGCUGCUCCUCGGGCAUCGGGCUGGCGCUGGCCGUGCGGCUGGCCAGGGACAAGCAGCGCCGCUUCCGAGUGAUCGCCACCAUGAGGAACACGGGCAGGAGCGGGGCGCUGGCGGCGGCGGCGGGGCCGGCGCUGGGCAGGACGCUGGAGAUCAAGCAGCUGGAUGUGUGCGAUGAAGGCUCCAUCCGCGCCUGCCUCGACAGCAUCCCCGGGCGCCACAUCGAUGUCCUGGUCAGCAAUGCCGGGGUGGGCAUGGCGGGACCCCUGGAGUGCCAGAGCCUGGCGGCCAUGCAGAGCCUCAUGGACACCAACUUCUUCGGCCUCGUCCGCCUGGUCAAGGAGGUGCUGCCCGACAUGAAGCGGCGCCGCGGGGGCCACAUCGUGGUCAUCAGCAGCAUCAUGGGCCUGCAGGGCAUCGUUUUCAAUGACAUCUACUCAGCCUCCAAGUUCGCGGUGGAGGGUUUCUGCGAGAGCCUGGUGGUGCAGGCGCUGCGCUUCAACGUGGCGAUCAGCCUGGUGGAGCCGGGGCCGGUGAUGACGGAAUUCGAGAUGAAGUUGUACGAGGAAGCCAAACGCGCCGACUACUCACGGACCGACCCCGAGACGGCCGAAAUCUUCACCAAUGUCUACCUGAAGAACUCCAGGGAUGUGUUCACCAGCCUGGGCCAGACCCCUGAGGACAUCGCAGAGCACACCCUGCGGGUGAUCGAGGCGGCGCGGCCGCCGUUCCGGCACCAGACCAACGUGGCGUACACGCCGAUGGCCGCGCUCAAACACGCCGACCCCAGCGGCGCCCUCAUCACCGACGCCUUCUACAAGCUGGUGUUCAAGUACGACGCCGUGCUGCGCUUCGGCCUGCGCGCCAUCCGCCUGCUCCGCUGGAACGCACAGAAGGUCAAGGCGGGCGUGCGGCUCCUGGGCUUUAAAUAAGCCCUGGCGGCCCCUGGGCACAGCCCAGCCCGUCCCAGGGAUGGGGACAAGAGGGCCGGGACCCGUGCAGGGUUUCGCUUCCCGUUCCCGGCCUGAAAUAGCUCCCGCCGCCGCCGCAUUAAAAUGGGGAGGGUAUUUAUAACCGGUGCCGGGUGAGCAACGCAGAGCAGCUUCCUCCGGGAGUGCAGAGGCCGUGACAGAGCUGGAAGGGCUGGCAGCUGCCCCCUGCCUGCCACCUGCUCCCCAGGGGCACCUGUACCUCUGACUGACGGGCGUGUGACACCCAGGGGACCUCAGCCCGUCACCCCCAAGAGCUGCAUCCUCCUUCCUCCAGGCGCUGCUGUGGGUUGGGAAUGUCCCAUGGGUGGAGGGCCCUGUGUCACCUCUGCCCGGGCACUGGGGCAGCACAGGGGGUGCAGGGGGUGUUGGGAGGGCAGAGAGCAGGGGGACAGGGGUGCUUGGUGUGUUCAGAGGGGCACGGGGGGUAUUUGGGGUGCAAAGGGGGUGCAGGGACUGGUGCAGAGUGGGGGUGGGAUGUAUGAUAAAGGCUGGGUACAAGGUGGGUGCAGGGGUGCCCAGCAGCUCACUCUGCCCCAGGGACUCCCCUCCAGCUCCCGGUGGGUGACAGUGGGGUGGGUUCACCCCGGGCGCUGGCGUGUCGGUGCUUGGCGUGACAGCACCGGGAGGUGAGCGCAGGGGGAAACCGCAGGAGGCCCGGCAUGAAUCAGCUCGGCUGCUGAGAAACCUUCCUGGCUCCCCCCGCGCUCCCUGGCACAGCCCCCGGAGCCCUGGAGAGACCCCCCGGCCUCCCGUGCCAGGGCUGGAUGGCAGCGGCUGCAGCUCCGUGUGCCUCGCACGUGGUCCCAGGGACCGCGGGCACAGGAUGGAGGUGGGGAAGGAAAUAUUUUUGCAUUAUCCCCCCCUUCUCGCACGAGUUAAUGGCAAAGCAGUGGUGGGACCGUGUCCCCGGGGUGAUGGCAGCACCUGUGGGACGUGCAGGGGUGACAUCAAAGCGGUGACAGUGUCGCUGCCUCCCCCCGCUGCGGUUUCUGCAGAUUUGACUAACUUUCUCCGCUUGGGGGGCAGGAUGGGGGUGGAGGGGGGGGGGGGGUAGGCGUGACUCUGCCCGGCCCCGGGGAGCAACAAGGGGGGCCCCGGUACGAAGCCACAGCUGUGGGAAACCAGGCUGAGGGAGGACAGGACCCCCCUCAUACACCCCCAGCCCCACGGUGUCCCCAGUGCCCGGGGGAGCAGCAAUGGGGCUGCUGCUGGGGGAACUGGGGGCAGCAGGAUGAGCCCCAGCCCUGCUCCCAGCCUUGCUCACGGCAAUCCCGGGCAGAGAGAGGGGGGACCACGGAGCUGCUGAGGGUGAGGGGAUCCCCAAGCCGAGGGGAGCCCCUGAGUUAUGUUUGAGGCUGAGGAGCAUCACCUCCCGCCUGGAGCAUCCUCCGUGGCCGAGCCCAGGGCCCCUAUCCCGGGGCGCCGGGGUGGAGGCGCUGCCGCAAGGGCCGGAACCGUGAGGGUUGGAAGUAGAUUCUUCUAAAAACAAUCGUCUGCUGGGACUUUCCUGUCGCCAGCGUGUGACAAUUGCCAGCCGCUCCCCGUGUCCUCGAUCCCCCGAGGAUUUCGCUGCCAGGUGCCGACUCGCUGCCAUGCAAAUGUGGCGCCAGAUAUAACCGGGCUGGAGGGGCUGGAGGAGCCGGUUCGGCGGCUCCCCGGGGGCUUCACUUCCCUCCCGGCGCAGCGAGGGGGGCAGCAGGCGUGACACAAACCCGCUGUCCCCGCGGUGGUGCCCCGGUGACAGCCACGGCCCUGUCCCCGCGUGUCCCGGUGGGAGCCCCGGCGCUGCGGAGCUGCCCCGUGGCGGUGCCAGAGCUGGGGGCACUGCCAAUGCCCCUUCCCGCUGAGCACAGCACGGAGCUGGCUCUGCCCACCCCCUGCCCCCCGGGUUGGGAACGCGACCCACGCGGAGGGUGGGAGAACGCGGCCAGGUCGGGCAGCGUGACUCAAAGCACGGCUGGGGAAUUGGGACACCGGGGAGGUGGUGACAGUGACUCAGUCCUCCCUGUCCCCUGCCGGCACCGUCGUUUUGGGCGCAGGAGCCGGCCGGGAUGCUCCAGGGAUGCAGAGCAGCAGCCGGAAGUUUGAUGGGAUUUUUUGUGCAUGAAGAAGCGAGUUUCAACACGACGACAGGAGAAACGAGUUCCUCUGUGCUCUAUCACGAUCACGGCUAUCAGCAGAUAAGGAUCUCUCUGUCACAACACCAACUGAAGGUUUCUGCAAGCCUUUCAGGAGUUUGGCUCCAGGCGGGAGAAGGCUGAGGGGGUUUGGAUCAAACCAAUUCUUAUUAAGGGACAAACCAGGAUGGGAAGAGGCCGUGGGACUCGCUGUCCGCAGCCCCGAGCCCCCUCUGUGUCACCCAACCCAGGGGAAAGACCCCUCGGUGUUUGUGCGGCACCCGGGCUGGGAGGAAGUGAAGGGAAAAGAAAAAAAAAAAAGGAUCCUCUGACUUUCUUCUCGGUUUUUUUUUUCGUUUCUGUUUCUCAAGCGUGUCCAGCUCUUGUGGCAGGAGGUGUCGGGGGGGGAAUGAAACAAGCGCGAACAACGUCAGCCUGGUAAGGCAGGUGCUAAAAGGGCCGGGGGGUUGGUGUGAGCCUCCACCCUCCGCCGCCGGGAUGUUUCCAUCUGCCUGACACAGCCCCGGAGCCACCAACCCACCCCACAGCCCGAGCGUGGGGCUGAGCUGCCCCCACCCCGCAGCUCUCGGGUGAAACCGCUCCUCUAUUAACCAACCCCGUGUCCAACACCAUUUUCCAGCAGUCAGAGGAGCAGAUGAUGUUAUUUUACACCUCUGACUGUAUCAGUUACUCUGCUGAGUAACUGGUUCUGCUGAGCACAGCCUCCACCAUGGCUCAGCCCCGUGGGGACACACCACAGCCACAGGUGUGCUGCUCACAGCUUCCAUCACACCUUUAAGCACUAGAGCUUCAUUUCUUGGUGCUAAAAGCUCCUUCCCUGAGCUUCCCCGGCCCACUCGUGAGGUGUAAUUCAUCAGUGAAUGAAGAACCAAGCGGGACAGACACACCAAGGCACUGCAGAAUGCUCCAAGCCUGUUCCAGACCAAAAUAACCAAGCCAUGAGCAGAAUAAAUCAGGCUCUGAAGCAGUA